ACUUUUUUCCUACUAAAUGAUCAGCGCUAGCAACAAAGCAAACAGAACAGAAGCCUUUCUUCAGUUUUUAAAACUGCUGCUUUUGCAAUACUUCUAAAAUGCAGCACUGAAUAGCACAGUUACUUCACAGCUGUUCUAGAACCAGGCAGCCCAAAACAUCACAAGGAAAGGCACUGCUCAAAGGGAAGAGGCCAAACCUUUCAGUUCUGAUUAUGGAUUGUCAUUACAAAAACUGUAACUUCCUUGUCUGUCAGUAGCAGAGUAAGCAAGACAGCCAGCAGUCCUGCCACUGCCUGUGCUUCCCUGUGUUCUUGUGAGAGCAGAGGACAUACAGUUUGUGCUGUGAAGAGCUACAUGAAGUAAUAAUGAAAAAUGGCAGGAGUUAAAGCUUUACCAUCUGUUAGCAGAAUAGUGAGUGCUUGGAAGGACCCCCACCUCACAGACCUGCUCUCCCUUCAGAAAUAACAAGAGGCUCACAGCACUUCAUCUCCUACUAAAUUUGCCCAGUGCCUACAGAGCUGGGAUGUCCAUGUGAGGCAAAUUUCAGAGAAAUCGGCCGGCUUCACAGAGUAACACAGAAGAGUGUCUCUAUCUUGCAGGACAUAAAACACCAGAUAAAUUCUGAAAUGAGUCACUGCAAAUGUGACCACCCUGUACAUUCAAGUCAACAGUCUGAUGAUGGCUUUCCACCUACAUCCAUUCUUUUUGAAUACUGUCUCAACAUAAAGGACACAGCCAAAUCUGGCUGGAUGCCUCUUCACAUAGCUGCAGGGUCACUGAACACAGAGGCAAUAGCAACUUUAAUUGCAUCUGGAGCAAACACCAAUUCUACUAUUAGAACUUGUGGCAGAACUGCCCUCCACAUCGCAGUGUGCGCAGCAUCAUCCAAAGCAGGCAGAAUUUUAGGUGUCAACAUAGACUGCAUCUCUUUACUAUUAAGUAAUGGAGCCAAUGUAAAUGUUCAGGAUCAUGAAGGACGAACACCUGUGCACGAGGCCUGCUCAGGGGGUAGAAGGGAAAUAGUCGAUCUCCUGUUAGAGUAUAAAGCAGACAUGAACAGUCUAACAAGAGAUGGGCAAUCUCCACUCUUUCUUUUUCUUCAAAAGAGAUCACAUUUAAAAGACAGAGCACUGCUGAACAAGUUGCUGGGAUUCUCAUAUCCACUGAAAUUAAGAGAUAGUCAAGGAGAUCUACCCACUGGCCUUCUGUUCUCAGAAUUCCAAAUGCUGAAGGACUUCCUUCUAACAUUAUCGCAGAAAUUACUGCCCCUGGAGGAUAUAUGCAAGAUCACUGUUAGAAGAAUAUAUGGAGAAAACAACAAGUACUGGCUCAAAACCAGGCUUCCAGCAACUGUAUGGAAUUCACUAUACAGCUAUCAGAAUGUAGGAAAAGACAUGUGUGAUGACACUGAACAGGAAAGCAAACUGAAAUACUGUAAACCCUGAACAGCCUGUAGAGAAAUUAAAAUUGAUCCAGAAUAAAGAUUAAUGUUGUGUGUUCUGAA